CGGCUCAGUGAUUACCUUGGCUUUACUGAGCAUAUCUUCCUUAGCCAUUCCCCUUUUUAAUUUCUCCAUCCAGGCCAAAGUUUUUCAGUUCCCCAAACAAAACAUAUCUGACUUGGCAGUGAUCCACUCAGUCCUAUGACAAAUGCCCAGCCCCACCCUUACUUCUCACUCCCAGUUGUAGUGUAAUUUUGACCCAGCUUCCUUCAGGACAGCUUCACCUUCAAAGUCUGGAAGCCCAGCCAUCCCUCUGUUGUACCUCUGUUUCUCCCUGAGUAGGCACGUGAUUUGCUGUGUUAGGGAACAUAGAGUCUAAGUGACAAUUUGAUACUUGAGUAUUUUUUGGGAGUAGGGAGGGGGAAUGACAUGACGCUCUUCAUAAAGGUCUCUUAACUGGAAUAUUUGGGUAAUUUUGAUGUGGCCAAAAAUUCCCCCAACAAUUAUACUUUCUGGGUGGUUUUGUUGACUUUUUAUUUCCCUUUUGUAAAUAGAUAUACAUCCCAUGCAAUCCAUUGAACCUGAAGUAAGUAAAAAAUAAAAAUAAACCCAUCAGGAUUCACUGGCUGGAGAUCCAGGAAUGUAAUCAGAUUUGGCUCUCCCAUUGGCAGCAUGGAGUUGAAAGGAGAGACUUACAUUCAGAGCCGAUUCAUCAGCAUGAGCAUGUGGACGAGCCCACGGAGACUGGUGGACCUGGCGGGGCAGAGCCUGCUGAAGAAUGAGUCCCUGGCCAUCGCUGCCCUGGAGUUGCUCCCCAGGGAGCUCUUCCCGCCGCUCUUCACGGCAGCCUUUGAUGGGAGACACAACAAGACCCUGAAGGCCAUGGUGCAGGCCUGGCCCUUCACCUGCCUCCCUCUGGGAGUGCUGAUGAAGGGACAGCAGCUUCACGUGGAGACCUUCAAAGCUGUGCUUGAUGGAGUUGAUGUGCUGCUUGCGCAGGAGGUUCGCCCCAGGAGGUGGAAACUCAAAGUGCUGGAUUUACGAAAGAAUUCUCAUCAAGACUUCUGGACCGUGUGGUCUGGAAAAAGGGUCAGUCUGUGCUCAUUUCCAGAGCCAGAAGCAGCUCAGCCCAUGAGAAAGAAGCGAAAAGUAGAUGGUUCGAGCACAGAGGCAGAGCAGCGCUUUAUUCCAAUAGAGGUUCUCGUAGACCUGUCCCUCAAGGAAGGUGCCUAUGAUGAAUUGUUCAUCCACCUGAUUGAGAUAGUGAGGAGAAAGAAAGACGUAUUACACCUGUGCUGUAAGAAGCUGAAGAUUUUUGCAAUGCCUGUGCAGAAUAUCAAGAUGAUCCUGAAAAUGGUGCAGCUGGACUCUAUUGAAGAUUUGGAAGUGACUUGCACCUGGAAACUACCCACCUUGGCGAAAUUUUCUCCUCACCUGAGCCAGAUGAGUAAUCUGCGUAGACUGCUCCUCGCCCACAUCCAUCCGGCUUCCUUCAUUUCCCCGGAGAAGGAGGAGCAGUUUAUUGCCCAGUUCAUCUCUCAGUUCCUCAAUCUCCACUGCCUCGAGGAGCUCUACGUGGACUCUUUAUUUUUCCUCAGAGGCCACCUGGAUCAGUUGCUCAGAUGCAUGAUGAACCCCUUGGAAACUCUCUCAAUAACUAACUGCUGGCUUUCAGAAGAAGAUGUGACACAUCUGUCCCAGAGCCCCAACAUCAGUCAGCUGAGUGUCCUGAGUCUAAGUGGGGUCAUGCUGACCGAGAUAAAUCCCGAGCUCCUCCAAGCUCUGCUAGAGAGAACCUCCGCCACCCUCCAGGACCUGGACUUAGAUGAGUGUGGAAUCGUGGAUACUCAGCUCCUUGUUCUUCUGCCUUCCCUGAGCCACUGCUCCCAGCUUACCACCUUCAGCUUCUGCGGGAAUCCCAUCUCCAUAUCUGUCCUGGAGAGCCUCGUGCACCACAUCAUCGGGUUGAAUAAUCUGAGCCACGUGCUGUAUCCUGUCCCCGUGGAGAGCUUUGAGGACAUCAAUGGCACCCUCGACCUGGGGAGACUUGCCUAUCUGCACACCAGGCUUAGGGAGUUGCUAUGCGAAUUGGGGCGGCCUGGCAUGGUCUGGCUCAGUGCCACCCCCUGUCCUCACUGUGGGGACAGAACCUUCUAUGACCCAGAUCCCAUCCUGUGCCCCUGUUUCAUGCCUGCCUAGCUGGGUGCACAUGUCAAAUGCUUCAUUCUGCAUACUUGGACACUGAAGCCCAGGAUUCAAGUGCAUCUUGAAGCAACACAACAGCCACAGUUUGAGACCAAUGUUCAGUGUGAGCGAGGGAAAAAAGGGGAAGUUGGGGGUGGACAGAUGUUGACUUGAGGAGUUGAUGGAAUCUUUGGGGAGAUGCAUCCUAUAGAGUUAGAAAUAGAAUCUGAAUUUCUAAAGGGGGAUUCUGGCUUGGAAAGUACAUGUGGGAGGUAAUCCCUGUGUGGACUGUUGUAAAAAAAAAAAAAAAUUGGAAAUAAAGAGAAGCAGUAUGAAGCA